UGGGUCCCGAGAUGAACUAGCUCAGGGCUAAAAAUCUCGUUAAUACAUUAAUACAGAUAAAAAAGUCAUUCAUUUGCUUUACGUUUACUGCUACAGGAUUUGUUGAGAAAUUUGAAAUAAAAGUUUUUGCUUUUAGGAGGCCCGUAAUAAUAGUUCUUGAUCAAAUAUCCCAAUGGAAAUUACUUUUACCAGUCGAGAAAUACAUUUUCUUAUCUUACAGUAACUUUCAUACUGUUUGGAAAUACAAUAUUGUAUUAUGAGAUUUUUUUCCUUUCUUAUAUUUUUUGAUCGCUUUGUGCAACUUUCAUUUUUAAUCCACCUGUUUACAGAGCCCCAUUUCUUAUCUUUAGCAAGAAACAUCAACAAAGUUGAUAUUAUUUGCUUCGUUAGAAUGUGUAUCAUAAGACUGUGAGAAUAGAAUAGUGGAAUCAAAAGUGAAAAAAUUAUUGAGAAAAAAGAACACUUUCAAGGGGCCGCCGGUAAUAAAAACGUAAUGUAUCUUGAAAACUAUCGGAGUUACGAAUUUGGCGUCUUCGACAAGACAUCAACCUUAUAUCUUGAAAAAUUCAAAAAGUUAAUUUUCUAUCUCACUUUUAGGGGAAUUGAUCAUUUUUACCAACAGGUUAAAAGAAUCACGUUAUUGUAGUGAAAAACUUCCUCGAAGACGCACCAUGAUGCUAAACGGCAUGAUUAAAUCAGAAAUUGUGCCAUAUAGUAGUUGGAUUCUUUGCGUGCAAAAUAAGAAAUCUUUACAACAUCAUUUCAUAAAAACACCGUUUCUCGAGAAUGGCUUGACAGAUCUUCGUGAAAUUUUGUUGGUAGUUGCACAACCCCUAAAGCUCCGUGGUCAACCUUUUCCUUUUUUGAUAUCGUGUAUUUAGCCGAAAUGACGAUCGAAAAACCACGGAAAUUUUCGAUUUUACAAAAUUUCAAAUCAACGCCCCUCCCCUCUCCCAGGAGGGGAGGGUCAAAACCAGGGAUGCCAGAUGAUUUUUAAAAAAAUCUGUAUCACUAUUUUCAAAAAUCUGUACUCCAUACAAAAUUAGGGAGAAAAAUCUGUAUUCCAUACAAAAAUAAAAUGGCCUCUCUAGCUUAAAUAUCUGUAUUUCAUAUUAAACGAAAUCUGUUUGGAAGCAAAAAAAUCUGUAUAAUACAGAUAAAUCUGUAUAUAUGGCAUCCCUCGUCAAAACUUCAGAUUUAUGAGUUUCUAGUCGGGAGCAAUCAGAAAAAGUGAAAUUUAGAGCUGGGUAAAACAAAAAUUGAAUUUUUGUCGGACCGUGUUAUGUGCCUUACCGCUGUAUUCAAUAAUGCUACCAAUGAAAUAAUAAACACAAUUUAAAAUAUUAAUGAUCAUUUGUUCAAUUUUUACAGGUUACUUCAAAUCUUAGUGCCACUCGCAAAAAAUAUGGCAUUCCACUUAGAAAACGAGAAAGGUUCUGUACCAGUGUUCCAUUCAAUACCAAAGGAUCAAGUUAUAACAGAGGGAUCAACACUGCGUCUCACGUGUACUGUUCACAGUCACGCGACCUGCUGGACAGCGUGGGAUAGGAAUGGAAUCAUCUACAUCCCUUCACAGCGAAUAGCAAUCACUGACACACCGAACACCAAGUGCCUUCAAAUUUUAGGAGUAUCAUUACCAGAUUCCGGAUUUUACAGAAUUACUGUAGAGAAUAAUUAUGGUCGAGUUGAGACGUCUGUAAAUUUGGAAGUAAUUGAAAAACCUUUGAGUAGUACUGCUUCCAAAAAUGUCAAUAAUGACCCUAUACGAAUGAAACGCCAAAUAAUGAAACACGAGCACGGUUCAGAUACAAUUAAUUUAGCAGGACAGUACCGAUCUGAAACACAUCCUUCGGCAAAGGUGUAUGUAGACGAUAAAAUAUUGCAAGACAUAAAUAACUUUCAAAUAACAGUUGACAAGCAGACAGUUGUACUCAUAAUGAAUCAAGUCAUAGAUGCCAAGAGCUAUUGUUGUAUUUUACAAAACAUAUCCGGGAAAACUUCAGCUACAGUAGCUAAAAUACAAGGACACAGAGAUCACAAAAUCUUACCGCCUAGAGUACUGGAUCAUUUACCCAAAUCAGUUACAGCUGUUGAAGGAUGUGAAACAGAUCUCACGAUAAGAAUUGAUAAUUGUCUGGCUUUUACUUAUAUAUGGAUCCGCAACGGCGAUACAGUUGAAGACUGCAAUGAAUUCAGGUUCGUAUAUAUUCACGUUAUUAUAAAUCAGUUACGUAUUUUGAUAAGUCAAUUUUCUUCUUUCCUACACGGAGAGACGAAACUACCCAAAAGUAAGUUCUUUCCACCCAACUUCGGGGUUACGUGCGUCAAGCCAAUUUUGAGUUGAUGGAAUCGAUGUUUUUGUAGGGGUUGUUCCCGCUUGCUUCCAUGUGAAAAAAAUACCUAAUUUUAAGUUUUUUCCACUCAACCGAAAUUUUGACUAGGUUGUAUUCACUCAAAUUUGAGUACUGUGCUGGAAACUCAGUUUUGGCUUGACGCACGGAACUGCAAAAGUUGGGCUGUUUCUCUCUUCACUCUCUGACAACAACAGAAAGAGCGCAUGAAAAGGGAGAUGAAAAAGAACUCAAAUUUGAGUUUAAAAGUACCUAAUUUUGAGUUUUUCAGUUUCUCCGUGUACUAAACAUCCUGCACGCGCAUUCUGUUAAACGGUUCUGUCACAUUCGUCCAAAAACCGAAUGUAACAAUCACCCGAAAAGACCACUCGCCCGAAAUACCAUUCGCCCGAAAAGACCAUUCGCCCGAAAGACCAUUCGCCCGAAAACCAUAAUAAUCUUGAAAAAACUUUUCUGAAAUCAAUUUAGAACGCCACUAUCGUCACUGCAACCAUUGUCGUCAGAGGUUUUUGAUUUCUUUGAACACAGUCUGAUUUUAGGCUUAUACUAUUACAAACAUUUUCGGCAAUAUAGCUGUGGAAACAUUUAUUGGAAUUGUCCCUUCUUUUGUUAAUAGGCUUUUCUUUCUAGCACAAACAAACAGACGUCACACUCUCAUUGCUUCCCAUCGAUCACCUUUUUAACGGUUGAUUCAAAUAUUCAGUAGUAGGUUGAUUGACCACUCGCGGCGCUGAUAUCGGUUUUGCUCCUGUUUGACGUUUGCUCACAACCACCAUCUAGUGGCGGCCCGACCAAACACAGUGUUCUAAGUGUUACGUCUGUUUCUCUGUGUUUCUAGUUUCGCCUUCAAAAAACUUAAUGUAAUUUUAUGUAUUUAUUUACCAGAAAUUUUACCUUCUUUCAAUCAUGGGCUGUUCUUUAAAGUUGUUCUGUUAUGGGGAACCUUAAUAUUUUAUAUUUUACAACUUCUGGAUUUCAAACAUGGUUUAAAAAAAAACAGCUUGUUCAAAUGAGAAUGCUGAAUUCUCGCGAUUUUGGUGUUUUUUUCUGCAUUUGUUAGCUCACAUGUUUUAAUUUUUAGCAAUUAUUGAUCAUUUUAACGAAACUUAGUAGAUCAGUCAAGAACACUUUUAACUAAAAAGUGUUGACUACUCUGUGCUGAAGUUUUGUCUUUAUCCUUUCGAUUAACAAUGCUAUAACAAUUAACCCUAAAAGGGAUACCUUCAUGGCCUCAGUUUCGUCACCUCGCUGAGUGUGUUCCAUCAAAGACGAGCUCUGAAAGGUGCCUGGGGUCCAAUGGACCCCAGGUAUCCCUUUUAGGGUUAAUGACCUAUUAUGUAGUAUUUUCACAAGCUAUUAGGCCUCCUUCAAAGCAUAGGCCGUUCUUACAAACUUAGCUGAUAUGAUUAUUAUUGGCGCUAGCCUAGCUGUUCUUGCGAUUUGUCGGAUACUAAUCCGACACCGUGCGUCUGUCCUUAAACUUUCAUCAUGGCAAACCAGAAAGAAAACUUAUUCUAAGAAAUUGCAUGGAAUCGGCAGAUGGCUUUCGGGCGAAAAGUCUUUCGGGCGAAUGGUCUUUUCGGGCGAAUGGUCUUUUCGGGUGAAUGGUCUAUUCGGGCGUUUUCAUUCAAGCGAAUGGUUUUCGGGCGAAUGUGACAGAAUCCUGUUAAACAGUUAAACGACCCAUCUUUGCUGGGUUUCCAACAGAAAAAAUGAUUGCGCCCGAUUCUUUUUCCAGCGUCAUUUUUUUGUAAAGCUAGUAUGACACUCUUCGACCAAUGCCAAAUAUUUGACCACUUUUGACAGUUAAAUUUUGACCAAGGUGUACCUGGCAAACAUAAAUAUUUGUCACUCUCGAAAAUCGAAUUAGGACAAACAGAGCCCUACAACCUGCCAAAAUUUAUCUGUCAAAAGUGGUCAAAUAUUUGGCGCCUGGGCAAAGAGUGUAAUAGCACCCUAAUGUCGUUUUUCUUUUUGAUCCAGUUGAGAUCACAGUUUCAACCCAAACCCGACUUCGGUUUCGCUUGUACUAAAGUUUGUUUGACGUUGUUUGUUUACACAUUUUCCGCCAAUCCAGUUCCAACCCAGGUUAAAAAAGAAAAACGGCAUAAGACACUGUCAUAAAUUUUAAAUCAUCCCUAUUUGACAUUUUUUGCCGACACUAUAAUUUUCUUGUAUAGUUGCGUCAAUAUAAACUGAUGCUAGAAAAAUUCACCGUUGAUAACGUCGAGAAUCAUACGUCAAAAGUUUUUUCAUGUGUUUUUUUUUGGAAAAUUGAAUUUACUAAUUCAAUUUUGUCAUUUCAGAUUUUUUAUAUAGGGUAUUGGUUUCCUUAUCAAGCAUGUGGCUUCAAAUUUCAUCCCACGGAAGGAUUGAAGCGCUGUUUGUCUUGUUUCCUAUUUUUGUAUUUUUGUUAGAAAUGAGCACCCAUGAAAACAACAAAAACGGAAUCAAUCGGUGCAGUAAUCGCUUGUUUUCGAAUAGGAUGAAUAUGGGAGCGUGAGAUUACUGAUGGCACACAAUUCCCAUUAAAUUAAUCCUGAAAGAGUUUGAUUGAAGGACUUGAACUGAACCGGUGAGAUAUAUAAAUAUAUUGCCCUUUGUGAAGAUUUAUAGAUUCCGACGCAAAUAAAAUAUUAGGCUCAUUUUCAGCGUAGGUACGUUAUAAAUGUUUGUUUACAAUGCAAAACUAUCACCAAAUGUGUACAUAACAACACAUCGUAACAUAUUCACCAGGACGCGGUCUGGUUUUAUAUCUGUGGGCCCACGCAACAAAAAUACACGCAAUUGACGAUCUUGCGCCAAAUACGACGCACAGGCAAAUAAAAUUGUCCCUCCCCAAAAUGUUCACACCGGUUUCAGCAUACAAUGGUCGCCGCUACAGUUGUUCAGCAGCGGAUGCGUAAUUUGGGGUGGCGUUUCGACUAAUCGGUUUGUUUACGCGCUGUUUCCUUUGUUGUUGGAUGUGUGAACAUUGUGCUUUCAAUGAUUGAUCAUUUGCACGAUCGUCGCGAAAUCCUUGCAAUGCUCAAUAAUUUUCGCGCAGGAGUUUAAACAGGUGGAAUCUCCGCAAUAAAUCACCUCGAACUUUGAACCAUUUAUCGUUUGCGGAAUGAAAUUAUUGCAUCUUUUGCACCGUAUUCGACCCCCUGCAAAAAUGUUUUGUCCCACCACAAUAUGUUCUCACCAGUUUUAGCAUACAUUGGUUCGUUUCGCUGCUAAAAUUUUUCAGCGUCGAUUACGCUUCUUGGGUGCUCCAUGGAAUAAUCGGUUUGUUUAAAUGCUACUUGCUUUGGUGUUUGACGUGUGAACAAAUGUUUUUAAUGAUUGAACAUUUGCACGAUAAUCUAAAGAACAAAGCAAGAUGCAAUGAGCCAUUUUACGAAGUGACAACAAUGUUGAUGAUGAUAUUGAUUUUCACAUGUCCAUCUAGCUGGCAGGACACUUUUCAUAAAAUUAAAAAUAAAGACCGUUAAGUGAGUGUACUAAGUGAGUACCAUAGCGUACUUAACGGGAUUUUGAACGUACCUGACGAAUUCUUAGAAAACAGGUGUCCUGCUGGAUAGACGGUGUUUUUUUUUUCAAAAAUCUCCAUGAAUCUUUCCGACGCUAAGGUUUACUACAUGUACCAACAGCGUACCUUCCGAUUCUGACCUCUUUUUUUAACGUACCUCAAAAUUUUUCAUACUUCCUUACAUUAAACUUUUCAAAUUACAUUAUAUCUAUAUCUAUAUCUAUCUAUCUAUAUCUAUAUAUAUAAAAAUGAGUUUGAAGUUUCUUUGAGGCAACAAAACUCAAGAACGGCUGAACCUAUCUGAAUGACUCUUGCACGGGUCGGUUCGUAUUCGCGGUGGCUGUGUUUAUAUGUAUAAAAAGUUACGAAAAUCAGCUAGAAAAGUAGAAAAAAUGAUAAAGUACUGAUUUUUCAUGAGCUGGGAAGGAAAGCAACACCAUCGAAAUAAAACCAAUCUAGAGUGCUUUGAUGUUAUGAGCUCAACAGUUGUCAAACCACCACAGCUUGGCAAGACAACGUUUGCCGGGACAGCUAGUCUAUAUAUAUAAAUGAGUUUGAAGUUCCUUUGAGGCAACAAAAGUCAAGAACGGCUGAACCGAUCAGCAUGACUCUUGCAUGGUUCGAUUCGCAUUCAUGGUGGCUGUGUUUAUAUGUACAAAAAGUUACGAAAAUCAACUAAAAAAGUAAGAAAAUUGGAAAAUUACUGAUUUUCAUGAGCUGGGAAGGAAAUCAACACGAUCGAAAUGAAACCAAUCUAGAGUGCGGUGACGUUAUGAGCUCUACAGUUGUCAAAUCACCACAGUUUGGCAAGACAACGUUUGCCGGGACAGCUA